AUUCAGUUUUCGGACUUUGCAAAGUGCGGGCCGCUUCGUUAAAAAAAAAUACAGUUGAAAUUACUGCAAAGAUAAGCGAGAAAUGUGCGGAAUUUUUGCCAUAUUUUCGAGGGAUGGGGAGCCGAUACCCACGCAAAUCCUCCAUGGAAGCAAACACAGUUUAAGGGAACUGGCCUAUCGACAGAGUGGCAAGCAUCGGCAUCGGGGUCCAGAUUCCACGGGGGUCUAUGUGAAUUCCUUGGAAGGGGUGGCCAUGAUUCAUGAACGCCUGCGAAUCAUUGGCGUGGAAAUGGGCGACCAACCCUUCGUCUCUGAAGAUGGUAACCUCAUCCUGGUGGCCAAUGGAGAGAUCUACAAUUAUCUGGAGCUUUCGGCUGAGAUUGCGAAAAAGCGUGGCUCCUACAACCCCAUGAGCGAUUGCCACGUGAUACUGGAACUGUACCAGGAUUAUGGAAAGGAUCUUCUGCAAUACAUCACUGGAAUGUUUGCUUUUGCCUUGUACGAUAGGAAGACCAAGGAAGUGCUUCUUGCCCGAGACCCCUUUGGCAUUAUACCCAUGUAUGUGGGUGAGGAUGCGUCGGGAAACCUUUGGGUGGCCUCGGAGAUGAAGUGCCUGGUGGAUACCUGCUCCAAAGUGGAGACUUUCACACCUGGCGAGGCUCGUUUCGGUAAAGUUGGUGACUUUAAAACAUGCUGGCAGUUUCAGCAGUCUUGGAUCAAGGAGGUGCCCACACAAACCUGCGAAUUAUCCCUACUGCGAGCCAACUUGGAGUUUGCCGUGCGCAGUCAUCUGCAGUGCGAUGUUCAAAUGGGAGCCCUGCUAUCCGGCGGAGUGGAUUCCAGUCUUAUAGCCUCCAUAGCCACGAAGAUAAUGCGCGAACGGGAUCCCAACUUCCGGCUGAAAACAUUCUCUGUGGGUCUAAGGGAUGCACCCGACUUCCAGGCGGCCAGGAGUGUGGCCAAAUAUAUAGACAGCGAUCACAAGGAGAUCAUAUUCGAGAUCGACGAAGCUCUGGAUGGCAUUAGGGAUAUUAUUUACCACCUUGAAACCUAUGAUGUGACCACAGUGAGAUGUAGUUUGCCCAUGCUGCUACUAGCUAGAUAUAUCAAGAGCACAGGCAUCAAGAUGAUCCUCUCCGGCGAAGGAGCCGAUGAGAUCUUUGGAGGGUAUUUAUACUUCCACAAGGCCCCAAGCUACAACGAUUUCCACGAGGAGCUGGUGAAGAGAGUGCGCCAGCUGCAUUUAUCCGAUUGUUUGCGGGCCAACAAGGUGGCCAUGGCCAAGGGCGUGGAGCUGCGAGUGCCCUUUCUGGACACGGGGUUCGUUAACCAUGUGAUGCAAAUCCGACCGGAGGAUAAGAUACCCGGACCCCUCAACAAAUUCGGGGAAGUACAGCAAAAGCGAUUGGAGAAGUAUGUCCUGCGAGCUGCCUUUGCGGAUAACUAUCUGCCCGAUGAAGUCCUCUGGCGCCAGAAGGAGCAGUUCUCCGACGGAGUGGGCUACGAUUGGAUCGACAGCAUCCGCAGGGUGGCCACCAGCCAUGUCAGCGAUCAAGAAUUCUCCGCAGCCGCCCUACGCUUCCCCUUUAACACGCCCACAACCAAGGAGGCCUUCUACUAUCGCUGCAUUUUCGCCGAACAAUUCCCCGGAGAAUCGGCGGCCCGAACCGUGGUCAGAUGGGUGCCACGCCUCGAUUGGGGCUGUCCGGAGGAUCCAUCCGGACGGGCACAGGCCGUCCACCAGGUCAACAAAAACUGAUAAGAGGACCUUAAGUAAAUUGGCAAGUCUGAGGAAUUCCAACAAUUAUUUGCUGAGACAUGCACAAUAAAUUUCUUUAAUUGGUAGUCAAUUCACU